GAGACAGCUUGUUUCGACUGGCUCAUAGUGCAGCACAAAGGCAGCACAUUAUUAAUGACACAAGCAGCACAAACAAGGGCAUCCAUGAAUCGGUUCCCAACCAGGACGAGAUAAACAGUAGCAACAGUAAUUACAGGAUUGCUAGGUUGCCUAACGUAGAGAAAGAAACUAAUCCAAUAGACCGAACUGUUGCUCAUUUGCUCUUCCAUCAACCCACGGUAGUCUUGUCAACAAGAGUUACAGAAAUGCCUGAGUCACAACUUCCAGACAAGCUCUACAAUGAGAGCAAUGCAACUUGUCAAUUGAGCUUGCCAAGGAGGAACCUACCUCAUAGUCGUGGCGAAAGUCAUCUUGUUAUAUCUCCUCAGAGUUUAACAGCUCCUAGCUCUUAUACUGAGGGGGAGCAAUCCCAAAUCAACCCUUGCUUCGAGACUUAUUCUGAGAAUAUAUUAAACAAUGAACCUGCAGGUGGCGGAGUGGUGGUCGACCCCCUCUAAAGGAAUCAAAUGAUAUUUCUGGACUUAUAAUGGUAAUUCAAUCCUUUGUCAUUCAGUCCUUGUCAGCCAACUUGAGACAGGGUAAAGAAAAGUGUAGAUAUAUAAUGUUGGAAAGGUAUGAAAUGAUGUUGAAGGACUAAUCAACUCCAUGUGAUUAUUAAGGCCUGCCUAUAUGUAUUUUUUGGAAUUCUGAACUAACUCCCUCCUUG